AUGGUUCUACUAUUAUUUAAAACCCUGAGUCAACUUUCACCCUCAACAAGAUCCACCGUUAUGGAAGUGCUGGAUCCUUACGUGUAUGCAAGCCAGAACCGUCCUACUAAUGAAGAUUAUUCGUCGAAAAGAAGACGACUAGAAAAAGAAGAAAAAGAAGAUUAUUCGUCGAAAAGAAGACGACUAGAAAAAGAAGAAGAAGAAGAAGAAGAUUAUUCGUCGAAAAGAAGACGACUAGAAAAAGAAGAAGAAGAAGAAGAUUAUUCGUCGAAAAGAAGACGACUAGAAAAAGAAGAAGAAGAAGAAGAAGAUUAUUCGUCGAAAAGAAGACGACUAGAAAAAGAAGAAGAAGAAGAUUAUUCGUCGAAAAGAAGACGACUAGAAAAAGAAGAAGAAGAAGAAGAAGAUUAUUCGUCGAAAAGAAGACGACUAGAAAAAGAAGAAGAAGAAGAAGAAGAUUAUUCGUCGAAAAGAAGACGACUAGAAAAAGAAGAAGAGUGUGCCACAGGCACUGUUUGUGUUGAGCCAAGAUUACAAAGUAGUGACCAGUCAGUUGAUGAUGAAUAUACUUCUUCUCGCUCUUCUAAGACGGUGACACAAGAAGAGUGUGGACAGUGUUCAAGUGAGACUCCUUCUCCCUCUUCUUCUGAGACGGUGGAACAAAGAAUCAUACUAUUCAAGCCACAAGAAGAAGAGUAUGAAAACAACGUCGUUUCGACUAAUCUAACUUUGGGAAGUAGCACACAGUCAUUACCACAGUUUUCUACUAAUGAAGGAAAUAGAGAACAUUCGUCUUGUUCACCGUCUCAAGAUGAUACCUCUGCUCUCUGUCUCGUCAAGCUAUCCGGUGAUAGGCCUACGCAAAGGCAACCGCAGAAGUUUGACUCGUACAAGUGUGACGUAUGUGGAAAAGAGUUUACUUCGUACCAAGCUUUAGGUGGACACAAGGCUAGCCACCGAGUUAAGCCGCAACAACCACUCGUUGAAAACGCAAACGCAGAAGCUGGAGGAAAAACGCGGCCGAGGAUGGCCCCAUCUGGUAAAAUACACAAGUGUUCUAUAUGUCACGAUGUGUUUCCUACGGGACAAGCUCUCGGUGGACACAAACGUCGUCACUACGAAGGCGUUUUAGGCGGUUACAAACGUAGUCACGACGAGGUAAUAGCUGGAGACAAGUCCAGUCCCAAUCAUCAUGAGAGUGAUGUAACAAACAUGUCGGGUCGAAAUCAGAGUUUUGUAGGCGGUCACAAGCAUAGUGACGACGAGGUUAUAGCGGGAGACAAGUCCUCUCCCAAUCAUCAUGAGAGUAUUUUAACAAAAAUUUCGGGUGGAAAGAAGAGUUUUGUAGAAUUGCCAGAUCUUAAUGAACUUCCAUUGCCUGAGUUUGAUGAUAACAACGUUGAUGAGUUUGAAAGUGCAAUCGUAGCGAACAAGACGUUACAACUUUUCCCAAAGGAUUAG